CCAAAAUCAUUCCCUCUUUCUCUUUUCCUCCCUCUCUCUCUCUCUCUCUCUCUCUCUCUCACACACACAAAAAUUUAUCAAUCUCUGGGGGCUGGAGGGUGGGUGUGUUGCGUGUGUGUGUUCCUAGUUCUUCCAGUACCGUUCAGAUGCAAAGACAAGAUAUUGAGAGAAGAAAUAUAUACAAAAAAUCAAACUACAAAUAGCAACAAAACACAUAAACACAAAAUCAUUAAAUUAUAUUAUGUUGUGCCUCGGAAAAGAGCAACAAUCAUCACAUCUCAUCCCAUCUCCUAGCUCUCUCUCUCUCUCUCUCUCUCUCUCUCUUCCUUCUCUAUUAUUCUGUGUUUUUGGGGGGCAUGGUUUUAAUCCCGAGAAUACCCAAAAAAUUUAACAAGAGCUUAAUGGACAAGAAAGUGAAGUAAAAUACCCUCACUUUAGGGAAAAAAAAUUUAAAAAGUAAAAAUAAAAGACAUUAAAAUAAUAAUAAUACUAAUAAUUAAAUAGCAAAAUAGGUAGCUAGGGUUUGGUUAUUUUUGGUGAUGAUGAGUUAGAGGAAGUGGAUGUAGUUUUGGGAGGGGGGCGUAAACAGUGAAAAGAAAAAGUUAUUGGUGGUUCCAUAUAAGGCCAGACCCUGCUGAGCCCCUUUUCAUUUCUACCUUCUCCCAAACAGAUCUUGUGCGUGUGAGUCCUUGGUCUUAAACACAGGUUAAUCGCAUCUCUAAUAGCAUUAUUAUUAUUCAUGGCCUCUUCUUCUCCCCACAAAUCCCUCCUCCACGAGAAUAGCUGCCAUGUAGUAGAAGAAGAAGAACAACAAGAAGCUUUAGAUCAAGACUAUGAUGAUGAUCAUCAAGGGUGGCUUCGGUUAGGGUUAGGGCUAGGCGUUGGAUUUGGCAGUACUAGAGCGUUGAAAACUAGCCAACAGCAACAACACAAUUCAUCAUCAAACCCCCUUUUUCCAUAUUCUGCUACAACAACAACAACACAAUCAGUAUCUUCAUCUUCUUUUUGUCUUUCUACCCAGUUUCAAGCCCACCACCACCACCAUCAUAAUCAAGUAAUUAGGCAGUCAGGUGUAGGGUUUGGUAAUGAGGGUGUUAGGAGGGAAGUAGACUUGAUGAAGCUGCAGCCUAACAACAAUAGUAGUACUAAUAAUUACCACAACUUGUGGGCUAAUUAUAAGAAUGACGAUCAUGAAAUUUUGCUUCCAUCAUCAUCAUCAUCAUGGCCAUGGCACAUGGAGUCAUCAGAUCAAGCUAGAUGUCUUGGUGUUUAUGAUGAUGAUGAUGAUCAUGACUGGCAAAUGCCAGUCGAUUAUAGUUCUUCUUCUUCUAAUAUUAAAAUAUCAACAAGGCCCAAUUCUGGAUUGUGGUUUACCCUCAGUGCCUCUACCAACCGCAGGGAAAGAGAAGGAGGAGGAGGACUGCCUCAAGUACCAAAGGCCUACAUUAGAGUGAAGGACGAGAACGUGACGGUUUCAAUGGUUAAAAAGUACCUGGUUAGAAAGCUUGGUCUCUCCAACGAAGCUGAGAUUGAUGUAUAUUGCAUGGGGCAGAAGUUGGUGCAUACACAGAGCUUGAAGCAAGUAAGAGAUGGUGUGUGGCUGCCAAGAUUGGUAGAAUCAGUAAAUUCAGCUGCUGGUGCUGAUGAAAGAACAACGGCAGAUUGCCACCACAUCUUAACUUAUCACUUACUGUCUUUGCAUUAUGGAAGAACAUGUCUAUAAUAACUAUUAUAUAUAUAUAUAUAUACAUAUAAUUAACCAGGUUUCUUUCUUUUACUUAUUUAUUUGAUUUGUGUAUGUAUAUGCCAAGUUAACUUGAUGGAUAUAUUAAGUGAGAGGUUUAAACCUCUCUACUUAAUUUACUUGACAAUUCAGGAAAGGUUCCACUUUUAUGCUCCGUACCUUUACCUGAUGUGUACCAGCCAAGGAAGCAACAAAAGUUUGAAUACUAAAAAUUGAAGCCGUUGAAAUUUUGGUUUUGCUUCAUAUGGAGGCAAGUAGAUUAAAGAGUGAACAUCUGAAAGUGCUUUUCCAGUGAAAAAACUCAUAGAUGACUCCUUCAGUAAUGUUAUCAAACAUGGCGUUGCACAAACACUGGUUAGACAAGCUAGCUAGGUAACCUAGCUUCAUGAGAUAAACAUGACCAAAAGCUCAGGAGAAAAAGAUUCACUAGUCUUGACAAAGGUGAUUAAAUAGGAUAUGCCAAACUGUGGUUUUUUCUUUUUCUUUUUUUCUUUUUUUUUUUAUUUUUAUUUUUUAUGGGAAGGGUAUGACCAAGUAUUUGAUGGUAACUGGUAAGCAUGCAAUUACACGUCAGAAGGAUAUGACCAAGGAAUAGGCCCAUCCAUUUACAGAGUUUUCUGAGGCUUCUGUAAAUUUACCAUCCUAUUUUGAUUAUUUAAAGAAAAAGAAAUAAGAAAAUCAGUUUUGAAAUCACUUGGAAACACCAUGAUCAAUCAGGCAUGCGGAUCUUCUAGUAUCACUCUAUUCAAGCAUUAAUUACCUUAAACUAGAAGAAUUUACUGGAUGCUUCAGUUGUUAUAGAUAAAUUUUCAAAUAUAUUUUUUAAAGAAUACGAUCAAACCAAACUCUGAACUCUGUGUCAUCCCGGUGUAUCAAUAUCAUAAAUUAGAGAAAUAUGUAUAUGUGCAUAUGAAUGGAAACAUAGUUGAAUUCAUAUAUAACUACAUUAGAUGAAGUGGCAUGAAAAUAACUAUUAGCUGACAGUAAAAUGUCGAUUCUUACAUACAAUAUAAUUACAAAAUUACUAGAAAGUAACUAAAACAACAUUGCUCUACUUAGCCAUGAUAUCUGAAAGAUGACGUUUCAGAUAACUUUGCCAUGGUUACAACUAUGUUUCACCUCUGUUUUCUUUACAAAAUUGACUUUCUAUGUUUCACCACUGUUUUAUUUACAAAAUUGACUUUCUUAUCAGCAUAUAGAUGAAGUCCGCAGACAGUUUGCACAACAGCCAUUUGAGUAACAUGGAUAGCUUACAAGUAGCGUAGAAAAAACAUCUAUGGUUCCAAAAAUGAAGGCAAACUGCAGAGCAAAACGCAUGAAAAAUGAAAAAUAACAAAGUACAUACAAAAUUCACAACUAACUUUCAAGCAAGGCCUAUUGAAAGUCUUUCUGAGAGGAAGCAAGACGUGAACCAAACAACAAGCUUAAGACCAACAUAUUUCAGUUUCAUGAGUCGGAUUUGGUAGUUGUGGUCCCAUCAUUGUCUAGAUUCAGCACAAGAGCUUCUGCAUAAGGUGCAUCUUUGAUGGAUAAAAUUAAAAUUAAAUGUAUGUACAGAAUUAAAAGUUGAACUUAACUAGUCCUAUGACAAAAUCCAUGAACAAAAGGUCACUUAGCAUAACAGUGAAGUUGUUGAGACUGAUGCCUAAAUCAUAAACAUAAGGCAAAAGUUAUGGUACCUCUACCUAUGCGAUUGGAAAUCAUAGUGGGUUCAUGGUAGUGAAAAACAAGAAACUAAUUCUAUUAAAAGUAUUAUCGCUUACACACAUGUUGAUCGAUAGACAUUGUCUGAAGUUCUAUCUUAACAUGAGAUGACACCGAGUUCAGUGAAUCCGAGCUACUUAUGUAUUCUUAAUCAAUUUCAAAACCCCAUGUACGCAUGGCACAUAUCUGCUAAGAGUUUCAAAGUAAAUUUCUAAAGCACUCAUGAAUUCCGGGUAAAACCAGAGUCCUAAAUGUACCAACCCAUAACAAAAAAUAAUAAUAAUAAUAAUAAUAAAAAGGACUUAGCUAGUCCUCUGCUCACAUUGGAUCAUAAAAAUUUUUAAAAUUCAACAAGUUCCUAAAGGCCACAAAGGAGCAUCCACUGGCUUUGUAAAUCUUGAAAAGUACAAGGAAUACCAACCAUAGUGAGAACGAAGCAUAGAGUCUUCACAUCAUUAUGAAAAAUUAAAUUGAGUAUUAUAUCAACUAGUUUAAGACCUUGUAUAUAACAAAGAAAACUAGCUUAAACUAAUUCUCAUAAGAAUAUCUAAUUCUCUAAUACACUAUGGUAAGCAGCAGUGGCCAAACAAAGAUAGGUAUAGUAGCAGAUAGAUUAGAAACUUCCACCUAAGUCAAAAAGAAAAGGACGCCAUAAAUGGUGAGUUAACAAGAAUUAAUUAUCAUAAAGUUUUAUUGCUUAUCAAAACUAUCUUCAGUAGUCAAAGUUGGUGUUUGAAAUUAUCCCAUCAUGGAACAUCCAUAAGCAAGGAACUAUCACACCAAUCAAAUAAGAAUUUAUUCUUACCAAUAAAACUCAAAACAAUUAUUGAAGGGGAAGGGAAGAGACAGAAUGAAGAAGCAGAUUGUAACAGAAUUUACUUUUCCUCUAGGUUAAGUCAUCAAUAACUCAAGAAUUUCUGGAAUAUUGGAAUGUGACAGCCAAAAGUGCUGUAUCUUUAUAUUACAAUUUCUGUAACCAAUAAGCUAAAACUUAUCAAAAACACAGGGAAAAAAAGCAAAUAUAUAAUCUAAUGGUCUUAAAAAGAAGGAACUUUUCACGAAAAGCUAGAGAGAAAAAAAAAAAAACACCUUGCGGGCAGAGAUUAGAUCAUACCUUGUAAGAACAAAUUUGAAGGGGAAAUCAGCAUAUGUAAGGAACAUCUUUUCAAUAUUACCAGAGAGUGGCAGCCAUCCUCUCAAAGACACAAACCAUUUUUCUCAUCAUUUUUGCGUGAAUGAUCAAAAAAACAAUAUCAACCCCUCAUAUGCCAACCCAACAAUAUUCAUCCCAAGUGAAUCCAUUUUAUCAACUUCUACAAUAUUGAACCCAAAAUAAAAAUAAAAAUAAAAAUAAAAAUAAAAAAAAUCAUA